CUCCUCUUCCACCCAGCCCUGUCCCCCCAAGCCCGGCGCCGCCAUUCCCGCCAUCGCCUGUACCACCUAGCCCUGUGCCGCCAUCGCCCGCUCCUCCAAGCCCAGCCCCACCUCUGAUGCCGUCUCCGCCUCUUCCACCCAGCCCAGGACCGCCUAGCCCGGCGCCUCCGCAGCCUCCGUCUCCCGCACCACUGGCGCCCAGCCCGCCCAGCCCUGUGCCUCCCAGCCCGGCGCCCCCGGCGCCACCCAGUCCUUUGCCGCCCAGUCCAGCACCGCCCGGGCCGCCAGCGCCGCCGGCUCCUCCUAGCCCCGUGCCGCCAUCGCCCGCGCCCCUACCGCCCCGUCCCUCAGCGCCGAGCCCUCCAUCGCCGGCUCCACCCAACCCAGGUCCGCCGUCACCGGCACCGGCUCCACCACAGCCACCCAGUCCCAAUCCGCCCCUGGCGCCGCCGCCCGCGCCCCCAUCGCCCCCGAAGCCGCCGUCUCCUAACCCGCCAAGCCCGUCACCGCCGUCGCCGGAGCCGUCUCCGCCGUCUCCGCCGGCCCCCCCGCCCGCGCCAGCCACUCCACUCGCCCUCGGUCCCGCGCCUCCGAGCCCAGCACCACCCCGGCCGCCGUCGCCAGCGGCACGCUCCCCUGAGCCCCCGUCACCUGCUCCGCCCUCACCGGCACCGCCUACGCCGCAGCCACCCAUUCCCGCUCCGCAGCCGCCUUCUUCACCGCCGGCGCCAAACCCACUCCCGCCGCGCCCUCCUAGCCCGCCUCCUUCGCCGGUGCCGCCUAGCCCGGAGCCGCCGACGCCACGACCGCCAAGCCCACACCCAUCUCCACCCCUGCCACCACUGCCGCCGAUGCCGCCGAUACCACUGAACUCGCCGCCGCCGGUGCUGCCGCAGCCCUCGCCUCAGCCGCCGCUGCCGUCACCGCCGCCCCCACUGCCAAUGAGCCAGGUACCGAUUGGCUCCCAGUUCACGACGGACACGGGUGUGCCCACCUACGUGCCGACCCCGGCCCGACUUCUGGCCGUGUCGUACAAUGUGGCCAAGUCGGUGGGCGUGGAGAACGACGCCGUCACCACCACGGUGGAGGGCGCCUUCAUCACGACGGUGUACUCGGUCAGCGGAACCUCCGCGCGGCGGCUGCUGGAGCGGCUGGUGGUGCAGCAAGAGGAGGCGGAGCAAGAGGAGCCGCAGCGACUGGAGCAGGCCAAGCAACACUUGCAGCAGGCUCUGGUGCAGCCACAGGACCCACAGGACCUGCAGCAACAGCAGCAGGCUCGUAGCAGGGCUCUGCUGCAGACAGAUUCGCCACCGCCGCCUCGCGUGUGCUUGACCUGCGCCCGCGCUGUGGAGUCGGCUCUGGCGGCCGGCCUAUGUAUCAGCCUGAAGCUGAACAACUGCAGCAUCCUGACCGUGUCAUGCUUGAAUGAGAGCGUUAUCGCGGUCGCGGCGUUUCCAGCUGUCCCCACGGACGCGGCACAAGCGGCCCUGGCCAACAGCUGCGAUGCAGCCCUGCUUGCGACCUUCGCCAUGCCGAACACGACCUCUGCCCAGCAGGCCGCUAUGACGCAGGCGCUGCUCUCGACGCCGAUCAUCGCGCCCGGCUACGGUGUGGUGCCCCCUCCGGCAUCCACCAGCAGCGUGGCGCCAUCGGCGCUGCUGCGAACCGUGGUUGUGAACACAGGCAAACCCAACCCCGGCAGCAACAGCAGCGAGGCGUCGUUCUCAAUCAGCGGGGCCAUGGUUGCGGAGAGCGUCGCUGCCACGUUCGGGCUUCCGCAAGGCCAGGUGGUGUUGGUCACCGACCCCAGCAGCCGUCCGUCGGGCGGCCAGACGGUGCCCGCUCCCGCGCCCGGAUCCAUCCCCACGCCCAACUUGGGGCCAGACGGCAGCCCGUCGCCUCCCAGCAACGCCGCCUGCACAGAAAAUCCCAAAUUCGGCAGCCUGUGCGGCGCAGCAGCUGUCGGCGCCAUAGUGGGUGUCGCGGUCGGUGGCACAUUGGUGGUGGGCUUGGCCGCGCUCGCAAUCUUCUCUGCCGCCACCCGCCGCCGCCAGCCUGUGAGCCCCAUGUACGGCGACCGCAGUACAAUGCCGUACAGUACCGCGGCCUGGCCGCCGGCGCCCGGCCCCACCACCGUGGCGGCCGUGCCGGGCCCCUGGUCGGCACUGGGGCCGGGCGCGAGCCUGGGCGCUGCCGCAGCGCGCUCCGCCGGCGGCGCCGCGCCCGGCGCGCCGUCGGCGCCCUGGCACGACCGCGACGUCGGCGUGGGUGCAGCGGCGGCGGCCGCUGCCGCCGCUGCGGGCGCCGUGCUUACCAAGUCGCCUGGUGCCUCAGCCCGAGCUGGCAAGUACUAUUCCGGCGGCGGCGUCGCGCCGCGUUGGUCCAGCGCCGGUGGCAGCGCUGCCGGCGGCGCCUACGGCACCUCUGGCGGCGGCGGCAAUGGCGCCUACGGCAGCUUCCUGGACAUCAAUCAGGCGCCGCCGCCGCCACCUGGCAUGAUGCUGGGUGGCAACCCCAUGUUCUACGAUCUGGCCGGGAAUCCCAUACCCGCACCAGGCGUGGACUCCAACAUGGCGGCCGCCGCCAUGGCUGCAGCAGCGCCGGGCGGCUACGGCGGAGGCGGCAGCGCUGGCGGCGCCGGCGGCUCGCCCUCGCGGCUGCGGCCGCCAGCGCUGAUCAUCCCGCCGCAGGGCGCCGGCGCGUACACCGAAGGUCUGAACACUCUGGGCAGUCUAGCCAGCCCCGUGCCUGCCAGCGCAGGCCCGGCCUACGGCUAUCGCCUGGGCACGGGCGUCGGCAGUCCAGGCGUUUACUCCAAGUACCCGGGCCGAGGGCCGCAAUCCCUGGCUGCGGCCGCCGCCAGCCCUGCCAGUGUGGCGAUGGCGGCGCGCUACAGCAACCGCGCCGCCGGCUACAGCAACGACCCAGCCGCCAUGGCGGCGCUGCGUUCGUCAAUGGCGGCGGAGAGCGCGGCGGCGGAGGAGAUACGACGCAGCCGCGGCGCCGCCACCAUGGCUGGCCUCGCCUCUGCCGCCUACAGCUCAAGCCCUUACGUCGGCCGCACCGGCGCGCCGCCGGCCGCCAGCAGCUUGGGCGGCGCCGGCGGCGAGCCGCUGCCGCGGUUCUACCCGCAGCCGCAGCAAGUUGCGCGGCCUUCGCCGCUGGGCGCUGACGCCGCCCCCGUCCGCGGCCCGCAUGAGAGCCCACGUGGCUCAUAUGGGCAGCCCGCACACUACGGUGUGGGCGGGCUUGGAUCACCUAGCGGGAUGUACCUGCCGGGUGCUUAUGGAAAGACGGGACCCGCCGGCCCGCUGCCCAGUCCGGGCGCGGGCCGGCCCGCCAGCUCCAUGCUCGGCGCGGGCGGUGUGGCGGUGCCAAUGGGUUUGUACGGCGAGCCUGCGGUGCAGCAGGCAUACUCCCCGAGCGCGCCUGAUGCGCAGCAGUACUUUCAGAGCCCCGGCGGCGCCACCGGGCCUUACCCGCAGUCAGGGCUGGGGCCUUACUGAGAAAGGCAUCAUCGACGUGAUUGCAUGUGCACGGACAUCUAUCAUCAUGUAAACUCAAGAGAUUCAGGUGAUCACCUAGAUUCAGCUUAUUGUUAUGGUUGUGAACCAUUCAUGUGACUCUUGCUGCAUGUGCGGCUCACAUAUCAUUCUUUCUAAAGCCUUCGAAACUGAGGCUGCCAGCCAGCCAGACGCAUGCUUGAGGGGCUUAUGAAGAAGCUCGACCGCUACCCAUUCGCAACAAGACACGCCUGCCUGGCGCUUAUCCUGGGGGGUUGACUCCGUACUUUCGCACUGGCAUGGUGGAUGCGCGAUGACGCUCGACAUUCUUGCGAGCAGGACAGCGGCUGCCGGUGUACUGAGAAGCUACCUGGCUACUUACCGGAUGGGGAAACGCAUGGUGCAUCUGGGCAAGGUGCUGCCUGGACCCGCGCAGUACUGAUUUCUGGGCGCCUGCUUAGUGGCGUGCUGGACUGCAGGUCCAUGUAGCGUUGGCUCAUGGAAGCACACUGUUGAUUACACAUGAUGAGAAAUAGCGCGUCGCUACCUUUGUUUGCGGCUAUUGGCUUUGAAUGGGAAAUGUGCCGUGGCCCGCGGGUUAAUUGAACAAAUGCCAUGUUGUCUUCCGCGGUGUCGUGUGGGAUUGCAGUGGGGAGGUCAGACCGUGCUCAGGCGCCCAAGGGCCAACGGCACCAGAUGUGCAAACGUACCGAAGCGAAUAUCGAAUGUGCUUAUGUGCAAUGCGUGGGAUCCACUUUGGUAGUGUGCUGUGCCACCUG